AUAUUUUUAUUCGAGGAGGAGCAGGGCAGUGAUUCGUAUUCACGUGCACCAGCGAAUGUCUUGCCGUAUGCUCUGUUCGAUGUCGAGUUUCCCGCUAAUACAAAUGAGCUCAAAAUAACGGAAUUGGUGCCAUGGAGUUCAUGCCUGGCUUAUCAGCCCAUCCUUGAACUUUUGAGGCCACCGGCUCUCGGCGAACUUGCUAUAAAAAAAGAGGUUGUGUUGUCCGAAUGUCACCGAUACGCAUAUUGUUUUUGUUUAUGUGCCAGAGACAACAUCGAUGAUUUCGUUACAUUGCACGAAACAAUGCGAGUGAAACGUGUGGUUGGCUUAAUCGUUUUCCCGGCUGCUGGCACAUUUAUGUUGCUACCGAACAGUUUGUUCAGCCAGCUGCUAUGUCUUCCAUUGCUAACGCGCAAUGCGUUUCACUGUUUGUACCUAACGAAUGAUUUGAAUUGUUCUCUGAUAACUGGACGCUUUGAGCUUAUGACCGUCGAGGAAAAAAAAUUGAGCAAGUCGGCGGUCGAACAGUUUUAUUUCAGUAACGAGUUUACACGGCCGCUACUUCUUCAAGAUCGAGUUGACGGUUUGGAUCCGCGAAUACAGGAACUGGUCCGCAUUACCUACAUGAAAGAUCCAUUGCGCAAAGAAAGUCCUGGCUGCAAACUGGGCACAUUAGGCGAAGAGAAGAAGCAUAAGAAAACUGGUAAUGUUAUUUUGCUGUGA